AUGACCUGCCCUUUCACAAGUCUACCCCAGUGCGUUCGUUACAGCUGCAGUAAGGAGACAAAGACAGUUCGAAAGGGUGACUGUUUUGAGACGCAGUGUCAGUAUUUUGACUACGACGGAGAAGUAUUCGGCGAAUCUAUUGAGACUUUGCAGAUUGAAAUGUUCUCCGCGGCCCGCAGGAUCGAAAACCUCCCGGCGUAUCGAUUGGAAUUCCACCCUGACCCGGAAAUCUGGCCGCGCCUUGUAUCCGCCGGUGGAAAGUUCGUACCACUCAUUGGCUGUUACCAUAGCCAAUAUGACGGAAAUAUGUUCGUCCCACAUAAGGAUCAACUGGUGAAAGCCCACGUCGGUAGCAGGAUCAUGAUCGACGCGCAGCAGUUCCGGAAAUGGAAUCCCAAUUAUGCAAGACUGGCGAUGAAAAAACCUCAUACCGAUAUUAAAGAAUAA